UAUGUCAUGCUCUGUGUGACGGCUGUAACCGGCUGUCUGCGAGCCGGCCUGCCCCUUAUGCAAUGGUAGAUCAACCCUUAUGCAAUGCCGGAGCCUCCCAGCGAGUUCCACUGACAGCGCGCACCGCGCUCCCUCUGAUGGGACUGACUACUACAGAGGCUUCACGCGCUGCGCGCGCUUUCACACUGCCCUGGACGCAACCGACAACAUGAGUAUCCCGCGCGGCGCGCUCCCUCUGACAGGACUGACUACCGGGGUAUCCUCCCACUGACAGGACUGACUACAGGGGUAUCCCUUGCAGCACGUUCCCUCUGACAGGACUGACUACUACAGAGGUAUCCUCCCACUGACAGGACUGACUACAGGGGUAUCCCAUGCAGCACGCUUCCACUGACAGGACUGACAACUACAGGGGUAUCCUCCAACUGACAACAACAGGUCAGGGCUAUCCUCCCACUGACAGGACUGACCACUCCAGGGCUAUCCUCCCACUGACAGGACUGACCACUCCAGGGCUAUCCUCCCACUGACAGGACUGACCACUCCAGGGCUAUCCUCCCGCUGACACGACUGACUCCAGGGGUAUCCUCCCACUGACACGACUGACUCCAGGGGUAUCCUCCCACUGACAGGACUACUACAGGGGUAUCCUCCCACUGGCAGGACUGACUACUACAGUGGUAUCCUUCCACUGACAGGACUGACUACAGGGCUAUCCCGUGCAGCACGCUCCCUCUGAUAGGACUGACUACUUCAGUGGUAUCAUCACUCUGGGAGGACUGACUACUAUAGGGGUAUCCCACGCAGCAUGCUUCCUCUGACAGGACUGACUACUACGGGUGUAUCCUCCCACUGACAGGACUGACUACUACGGGGGUAUCCUCCCACUGACAGGACUGACUACUACAGGAGUAUUCUCCCACUGACAGGACUGACUACAGGGGUAUCCUCCCACUGACAGGACUGACUACUAUAGGGGUAACCCACGCAGCACGCUCCCUCUGACUGGACUGACUACUACAUGGGUAUCCCGCGCAGCAUGCUUACUCUGACAGGACUAACUACAGGAGUUCCCCGUGCAGCGUGCUCCCUCUGACAGGACUGACUACUGCGGCUUCCCGCGCAACCUGCUCCCUCAUACUGUACUAACUACUACAGGAGCUUCCCGCACAGAGCGCUCCCUCACACAGGACUGACUACCGGAGCUCCCCGCACCGAGCGCUCCCUCACACAGGACUGUCUAUAGGAGCUCCCCGUACAUUGCGCUCUUUCACGCAGGUCUGCCUACAGGGGUAUCCUGCGCGGAACGCUCCCUCUGACAGGACUGACUACAGGAGAUCCCCGCGCAGCGCACUCCAACUGACAGAACUGACUACAGGGGCUUCCCGCGCACAGUGGACUUCAAAGGUUCUGGAAAGCGGGACUCGCGGUCAGAGCGUGCCAAGUAGUACACCUGCAGGGGGCGGCUGGUCGGAAUGGGGAGGAGAUCUCUCAGAAUUGCAUCCUUGAUCUGUGCUGGUCUUGGCACAUCUGGGGUCUUCGUGUAUGGAUCUCAACGUUGGGACCCUAAUGAUUUUGGGAUUGUGCGGAUUGGAAGAGCUGCGCUAACGACAGCGGCCAUUACCUGCGAUUAUCUCGUAAGCCUCCACAGCGUUCCGCCGACUGUACAAGAAUAUGCUGUCAUCAAAUCACAGGUCCACACACGCUCUGCCCACCGACUGCUGGACCUGUGUUGUGCCAAUCGUGGCACGUUCAUCAAGGUGGGGCAGCACCUGGGUGCCCUGGAAUACCUGCUGCCCCCAGAAUAUACCCGUACCCUGAGCGUGUUGCACAGCCGAGCGCCAUCUACGCCCCUGCCCGACGUGCUGCGUGUCAUCCAAGAGGAGCUGGGAACAGAGAUGUCUGACAUAUUUGUACAAUUUGAGGAAACCCCGCUCGGCGCAGCCUCUUUAGCCCAGGUGCACAAGGCUGUACUGAAAGACGGUCGGGUGGUGGCCGUGAAGGUUCAGCACCCAAAGGUUCAAGCACAGAGUUCGCUGGACAUUUUGAUCAUGGAGGUCCUCUUGCACGUGGUGAAGAAAGUCUUCCCCCAGUUUGAAUUCAUGUGGCUGGUAGAAGAGGCCAAGAAGAACCUCCCCCGAGAGCUGGAUUUCCUAAAUGAGGGACGGAACGCAGAGAGAAUGGCAGACAUGGUCUGCAAGUUCCCCUUCCUCAGGAUACCCAGAAUCCACUGGGACUUGAGCACGAAGCGGGUUUUGGUGAUGGAAUAUGUGGAAGGAGGGCAGGUCAAUGACAGACAAUACAUGGAGCGGCAUAAGAUUGAUGUGGAUCAGGUUUCCCAAGCUCUGGGGAAGUUGUACAGUGAGAUGAUUUUUGUGCAUGGGUUUGUGCACUGUGACCCCCACCCUGGAAAUGUGCUGGUCCGACAGAGUUCAGACAUCAAAGGACCAGAAAUCAUCCUUCUAGACCAUGGACUGUACCAGGAGCUGACUGAUAUCUUUCGUCUGAAUUACUGCCGCCUGUGGCAGGCACUGAUAGCUGCUGACAUGAACGGGGUCCGUAGAUACAGCCAGCGUCUUGGAGCUGGCGAUUUAUACCCCCUAUUUGCUUGUAUGCUGACUGCACGGUCCUGGGACUCUGUAAACCGGGGCAUUGAUCGGGGGCCAGUCAGUGGGGAAGAGGCUGAGGAGAUCCGCAACAAUGCAGCCACAUACCUCCCACAGAUCAGCCAGCUCCUGGCCAGUGUCCCGCGUCAGAUGCUGCUUCUCCUGAAAACCAAUGACCUCCUACGCGGUAUCGAGACCUCUCUGUGCACUAAAGCCAGUGCUAGCUCAUUUCUCUGCAUGUCUCGCUGCUGUGUCCGAGCACUCGCCAGGCAUCGGAAGAAGACUGCUUCCUCUCUCUGGUCCUAUGCUCACAUCACUUUCAUGGAGUACCUACGUCUGGGACAACUUCAGCUCUUUGAGAUCUUCCUCCAGGCACAGUCUUCUCCUAUAGGACGCUGGAUUUAUCAUGUUGUGCACUGGAUCUCCCAGUAUCGCUACUGAUUCCCGGAGACCAGGAUGGACACAGGAAGCAGCUGCAAUGACGUCACCCCCUACUGGAAGGAACGAUGGUUAAUGUAAAGAUUUUGGAGUGCCGGAGUCCACUGUUAUAUAAUCUCCAAAACCCACUGCAUGUACAGAAAGUAAGAGGACACACCUUAACUACAGUCCACCAUGUGCACAGAAAUAUGAGGAUAAGCUGGACCUACACAAUGCUUACACAAUUUAGAGGGUAGGCGGAAUCUAGAGCCAACCACAUGUUCAGCAGUUAGAGGACACGCACAAUCUAGUACCCACUAAAAGUAGAUGCUGGGCCUUGCAGUCCUACAGCAGCUGAAGAAUUGCAGUUUACUUUGAGCAAUAUCAGAUUGGACAGAGGUAAAUUAGAUUUUGUAUUUAGCAGCAGCAAUUUCCCUAGCACUGUACAAUGUACAAAGGAACCAGUUGUUUCUAAUAACAUCAUAAUCUAAUGAGUUGUUGAUUGUAAGAGCUAGAGAUAAAGCAAUUAGCCUUUGCAGGUCUGUGACAGUG